AUGAGUAAUAUUUUAUGCUUGACUAAAUUAUAAUCAAAAUAUUCCACAAAUAACAAGUCAUCAUUACUAAAACUUAGAUGUCCAUUGGAAGAUCGUCUUUAUGACCUUGCUUUUUCAGUUUUUAAAUCAAUUGAACCAACAUAUGUACGUGCACUUAUUGGACCAGGAAUAUUACUUAAUUUAUUUUGUCUAUUUAUACUUUCUCGGCCGAGAUUAUCAAAUAAAUCGACUACAAUUAUAUUUUUACGUAUUCUUGCACUUUUUGAUAUGCUAUCAAUUAUACUUAAAUACAUUCGAACAGAAAUCAAUUAUCUGUCAACUGAAAAAGGUCAUGACAUAUUCUUAUUAAAUGGAGAAGUUUUUUGUAAAGCAUUAUAUGUAUUAAUGAAUGCAUGCAUUUCAAUUGCUAUGUGGAUAGUUGUUUUAAUGAGCUUAGAUAAAGCUGUUGCUGUUAGUUAUCCACUUAAAUCACCUUUGCGGUGGUAUACUCGACAAUCUUUCUUUUACAAGACUCUUAAUGCAGUUCUACGUACCGAAAAUAUUCAUAUGAUUUUUUUAUUUCGUUCAUUUAUCUCUGACAUUCAACGUCAAUUAGCAUGUAAUCAAGCUAAGAAUUCUCUACUAGUUUAUCGAGGGCAAAUUAUAUCAAAGAAUGAACUGAAAACUUUAAAACAAUAUCGUGGUCAGUUUAUUUCUGUCAACUCAUUUUUUUCUACUAGUACUAAAUAUCAACAAGUCCUUUCAUUUCUUCAUGUUCCUGAUAAUACAGACAAUUUCAAACCAGUAUUAUUUGAAAUCAAUGCCAAUCCUACGAUGGUCACUACCAAACCGUUUGCUGAUAUUAGUAAAUAUAGUGAAUUUCCUGGCGAACCCGAAAUACUUUUUAUGCUGGGUUCUAUUUUUCGUUUGGACAAUAUCGAGUAUAGUAGUGAUAAUCAACUAUGA